AUGAAUUAAAGUGAAAUUCCUUCAAAAAAAAUUUGUGUUUAAUAAGAGUAUAGAAAAGAGAUAGAGAUUGAAGAUAACCUUAGAAAAGUUAAAAUACAAGUGAAAUAUACAAAAGAUUAAAAAAUAAUUUAUUCAAGAGAUGAAAUAAUUUUAAGAGUGUAAAAGUUUAUUUUAAAUUAAAAGGGAAGAAAAUAGAAAUAGUAUUUUUAACCCAGAAACAUUUAUAAAUAUUGAAUAAAUAAAAAAUCUUGAGUGGUAAAUUGAAAAGGGAUAAGGAGAUCAAGAUAUUGUUAAAUGGAUUGCUUUAUGGAAUGGAGAAGUUUUAAUGAAUGUUGGUGGAUAUUGUUAUAAUGGUUUAAAGCAAGGUAUUUGGAAAGAAUUAAUAAAAAAUUAUUCAAGGUAAUAUUAUUUAUAUCGAAUAAUAAUUAGUAAUUCUUAAGUUUAUGAAGUUGGAGAAUACAAUAAUGGUAUAAGAAUAGGUAGAUGGUUUUAUAUUUACAACAAUAAACAGAUGUAAUAUUUUAAUAGAAUAAUUUAGCAACCAUGGAUAUUAUAAUGAAGAAGGUGUUAAAUAGGGUAAAUGGAUUGAAUUGAGGGAUAGAUUUAUGGAUGAUUUUUAAGCAUAUUAUAAUGGUGAAUAUAAUAUUGAUGGUAAAUAAAUUGGUAUUUGGGAAAUCAUGUAUAAGCAAGAUGGAGAGAAAGAUUAUAAAUAAAUGUAAAAAGUUAAAUUAUGUUAGUGUUGGAGGAUCAUAUCAUAUAAAAGAAAACUUUUUAAGAAAAGUUGGGACAUGGAUUGAAUUGUCAGAGGGAUUCUGUUCAAAAUCAUAGAUAAUUUAUAAGGGUGAAUAUAAUAUAUAUGGUCAGAAAAUUGAUAGAUGGAAUAUUAUGUAUAAGGAAUUUUAGAAGAAGAAAUAUAAAAAUCUGUAUCAAUAUAUUAGCAUUAAAAUAGUGGAGGUGGAAAUUAUUUUGGAAUUGAAAAAUACUCCAUAAAGACUGGAAAAUGGACUGAAUUAUCAGAUGGUUAUGAUUAUAAUAAAUAAGUCACUUAUAUUGGUAAUUAUGAUUAAGAAGGACAAAAAACUGGUUUAUGGAAAAUUGGUAGAGAGGGAUAACUUAGUGAUGGAGGAUUAUAUAGAAAAAUAAAUGGAGUUUCAAGAUAAAUUGGAAAAUGGGUUGAAUUGUCAGAAGAUUUUAAUAAGGAUUUUUAAGUCACAUAUGAGGGUUUAUACAAUAUAAAUGGUUAAAAAUAAGGGAGAUGGGAUAUUUUAUUUGAAGAAAAUUUAGUGUAAAAUUUAUAAUUAUUUAAGUGGUGGUGGAUAAUAUGAUGAUUAAGAUGGUGUAUCAAUGAAGAUUGGAGAAUGGAUUGAAUUAUUUUAAGGAUUUUAAAAGAAUUCUUAAGUCACUUAUUAGGGUUAAUAUAAUAAAAGAGGUAUUAAAAAGGGUAGAUGGGAUAUUAAAUAUUGUAUCCCUGGAUAAAAGGAAUAUAAAUAAAUGUAAAGAUUAUAAUUAUUUUAGUGGUGGAGGAUUUUAUGAAGAAUAAGAUUAUUUAUCAGUAAAGAUUGGAAAUUGGAUUGAAUUAUCUUAAGGGUUUUAAAAGGAUUCUUAAGUUAUUUAUGAUGGUGAAUAUAAUAGAAAUGGUAUAAAAAAAGGUAGAUGGGAUAUUAAAUAUUGUAUUGAUGGAUAAAAUUUAUAUAAAUAAAUGUAAAGUCUAAAUUAUUAUUUUAGAGGUGGAGGAUCAUAUAAUCAAAAAGAUGGUUUUGCCAUUAAAAUUGGGAUGUGGAUAGAGGAAUGGGUGAAAUUUGGAUAUAUGAAAGAAGUCAUUUUUAAAGGAGAAUAUAAUAUGAAGGGUUUUAAAAAAGGAAGAUGGGACAUUCUCUAUCGUAAAUAUGGAAGAGUAGAAUAUAAAUUACUGUAAAUAUUUACAAUAUAUAAGUGGAGGAGGAGAGUAUUAAGAAGGAAAUUCAAAAAAAAUUGGAAAAUGGAUUGAAUUGUCAGAUAAUUUUUGUGGGUUGAGUUAAGUAACAUAUGAAGGUGAAUAUAAUCUAAAAGGUAAAACAAUAGGUAGAUGGGAUAUUUCACAUGAUGGAAAAUAGAUGUAAAUAUUAAAAUCAUCUUAGUGGUGGAGGAUAAUAUUAAGAACAAAAUGGAAUUUCUAUCAAGGUUGGGGAUUGGCUUGAGUUAUCAGAAUAGUUUAGAAAAUUUAAUUAAAUAGCUUAUUAAGGGAAAUAUAAUGAUUAAGGUUUAAAAAUUGGUAAAUGGGUCAAAAUGAAUCUUAGAAAUUAAUAGAAUUCAAGCUAAAUCAAAUUUAAGUAUUGAAUACNUAUUUUAAGGAUUUUAAAAGAAUUCUUAAGUCACUUAUUAGGGUUAAUAUAAUAAAAGAGGUAUUAAAAAGGGUAGAUGGGAUAUUAAAUAUUGUAUCCCUGGAUAAAAGGAAUAUAAAUAAAUGUAAAGAUUAUAAUUAUUUUAGUGGUGGAGGAUUUUAUGAAGAAUAAGAUUAUUUAUCAGUAAAGAUUGGAAAUUGGAUUGAAUUAUCUUAAGGGUUUUAAAAGGAUUCUUAAGUUAUUUAUGAUGGUGAAUAUAAUAGAAAUGGUAUAAAAAAAGGUAGAUGGGAUAUUAAAUAUUGUAUUGAUGGAUAAAAUUUAUAUAAAUAAAUGUAAAGUCUAAAUUAUUAUUUUAGAGGUGGAGGAUCAUAUAAUCAAAAAGAUGGUUUUGCCAUUAAAAUUGGGAUGUGGAUAGAGGAAUGGGUGAAAUUUGGAUAUAUGAAAGAAGUCAUUUUUAAAGGAGAAUAUAAUAUGAAGGGUUUUAAAAAAGGAAGAUGGGACAUUCUCUAUCGUAAAUAUGGAAGAGUAGAAUAUAAAUUACUGUAAAUAUUUACAAUAUAUAAGUGGAGGAGGAGAGUAUUAAGAAGGAAAUUCAAAAAAAAUUGGAAAAUGGAUUGAAUUGUCAGAUAAUUUUUGUGGGUUGAGUUAAGUAACAUAUGAAGGUGAAUAUAAUCUAAAAGGUAAAACAAUAGGUAGAUGGGAUAUUUCACAUGAUGGAAAAUAGAUGUAAAUAUUAAAAUCAUCUUAGUGGUGGAGGAUAAUAUUAAGAACAAAAUGGAAUUUCUAUCAAGGUUGGGGAUUGGCUUGAGUUAUCAGAAUAGUUUAGAAAAUUUAAUUAAAUAGCUUAUUAAGGGAAAUAUAAUGAUUAAGGUUUAAAAAUUGGUAAAUGGGUCAAAAUGAAUCUUAGAAAUUAAUAGAAUUCAAGCUAAAUCAAAUUUAAGUAUUGA